CAAUCUGCUGGUUUACCGCGUCUUCAGUUUAAGUCUAAAGUCGCUUUAACUUCUUUCGGGCGAGGAAUUUCUGAAAAGAAGGGUUGGCGGCGUGUGGUCGGUUUUAGGCGGUUGUGGGGUCUCUCCCGAUUAAAAAAAAAGAAGUGCAGUCCGACUGACCGCUGUGCGGCGCAGUGUCCCCGCGAGACGCCGCUCUCGGCGCUGUUUGAACUCGGUUCGCGCUAACGGUUCAUAGCGGCCGUUCGCCAUUUUGUAAAAAAAAGGCCGGUUUUCCUCGGGAUGAAUUAACGUCAACCAGAAACGACAGCUUCUCCCACAAGAGGGAAGAGGAAACACGACGACAUUUUUUUUCACACACUCUUUUAAGUAUCCCGAGUAUUUUUUUUACUGGUCUCGUAAAUGAGCGGUGUUGAAAGUCGUGUGAACCCGUGACAAAUGGGAGCACGAGUUGUAAGGAAGCAGGUGGAAGGCGGAAUUAGCAGCAGCAGACACGCGGUCUUAAUACAACCAGCCAGUGAUUAAGUGGUUUAAUUACUGGUAUCGGAUUGAACCCUUCAAAAAAAAAGUUGCUGGAAUAUGAAGCUAAUUUACUGUUCCACUGAUUAAGCGAAACCAGGUCUACUCUGAAGUUAUGCCAUGAAACUUCAACAGGAUUAUUGAUCGGCCAAGGGAGUUGGGAAAUGUAAGGAAAGUAUCGCAUCCUACUGGUUUGUGUACGAGAAAUUUUAAAUUUAAAAUGUCAUCACAAGUACAGUCGAAUCCCCAGAAUGAACCUACAAUUGUGAAUCCUCCACCACCAGAAUAUUCCAACUUGAAGAAAUCUAGUCGCAUGACAAAUCAGCUCCAAUAUUUGCAGAAAGUGGUAGUAAAAGCUUUGUGGAAGCACCAUUUUGCGUGGCCUUUCCAACAGCCUGUAGAUGCUGUGAAGCUAAAUCUGCCUGAUUAUUAUCAAAUAAUAAAGAAACCAAUGGACUUGGGUACCAUCAAAAAGCGCUUGGAAAACCACUAUUACUGGAAAUCUAUGGAGUGUACAGAAGAUUUAAAGACAAUGUUUACCAACUGUUAUGUGUAUAACCGGCCAGGUGAUGACAUCGUUAUAAUGGCACAAACAUUGGAGAAACUUUUUCUACAGAAGUUAGCACAAAUGCCACAAAAGGAAAUCGAGUUUUCUGUGUUUGGAAGAAAAAGUGGAAAAAGCAAAAGAAGAAAAGGGCGAGUAACAGUGUGCUCGACUUCACAAGCAAAAUUACGAUCAACUGCAUCUGGAGUUAGAAUUCCACAACCAGUAAUGACUGUGGUGCCACCUCCAACAAAAGCUUUGAUGCCUGCUAUUGCAUCCCCUCCUUUAAUAUCACCAGCCAAGCCUGUUGCAAAAGUAAAGAAAGGUAUCAAAAGGAAGGCUGACACUACUACUCCCACCGCUCCCAUUAUUGCUACAAGUAGUGAGUCUUCGCCAACAUUUACAGAACCAAAGCCUACAAAAUUUCCUUCAAGGAGAGAAAGCAGUCGAUCAAUUAAACCACCAAAAAAGGAUCUACCAGAUUCCCAACAACAGCAUCAAGUCGGAAAGAAAGAAAAAUUAUCAGAACGUUUGAAAUAUUGUAACAGUAUUCUUAAAGGGAUGUUCUCAAAGAAGCAUGCAGCAUAUGCCUGGCCUUUCUACAAGCCUGUAGAUGUUGAAGCAUUAGGACUUCAUGACUACCAUGACAUUAUUAAGCUGCCCAUGGAUCUUACUACUGUGAAAAAACGAAUGGAAAACCGCGAAUAUAAAGAUACCCAGCAAUUUGCCACAGAUGUGCGAUUAAUGUUUCGGAAUUGUUAUAAGUAUAACCCACCCGAUCAUGAAGUAGUAGCUAUGGCCCGAAAACUUCAGGAUGUUUUUGAGAAGCAUUUUGCCAAAAUACCUGAUGAACCUGCUGAACCUAUGUUAACAUCACAACCCAAAACCCAAGUUAGAAAAUCAAUAGCAAGUGAAAACACUGAUGAAAGCUCAUCUGAUAGUGAAAAUGCAUCUGAAAACUCUGAGAAAGAACGUACGGAGCGCCUUGCUAAACUUCAAGAACAGCUGAAGGCAGUCCAUGAUCAACUUACAGCCUUAUCUCAAGCUCCACUGUCUAAACCUAAGAAAAAGGACAAAGCCAAAAAGGAAAAGAAGAAAAAAGAAAAGGAGAAAGACAAAUUUAGAAAGAAAGAUGAUGAAAGGAAGAAAAACAAGUCUAAGCCAAUGCAGCAAAAGAAGUCCAAGAAAAGCUCUACAGGAAGCAGGCUGAUGAAAAAAAACAAACAGCAGGCUCCUCCCGUUUGUGAUUCCGAAGAAGAUAAUGCAAAGCCAAUGACAUAUGAUGAGAAAAGGCAGUUGAGUCUUGACAUCAACAAACUUCCGGGUGACAAACUGGGGCGUGUUGUGCAUGUAAUACAGUCUAGGGAACCUUCUUUGAGAGAUUCUAAUCCAGAUGAAAUAGAAAUUGAUUUUGAAACGUUGAAACCAUCCACAUUAAGAGAAUUGGAAAGAUAUGUUAUGACUUGUUUAAGAAAGAAACCAAGAAAACCUUAUUCUAAAAAGGUUUCUGGAAGAUCUAAAGAAGAAAUUCAACUGGAGAAAAAACAAGAACUGGAAAAAAGAUUGCAAGAUGUGAGUGGACAUUUGAACUCUGGGAAAAAACAAACCAAAAAAUCUCAGAAGAAUGAUCCAGCCAUGGAGAUGGGAGGAUUGUCUCGAUUAAGUGAAAGCAGCAGUUCCUCAAAGUCUGGCAGUAGUAGCAGCAGUAAUGACUCUAGUUCUUCAGAGAGCAGUGAUUCUGAAACAGAAAUAGCAUCAAAGCAGAAGCCAAGGAAACGAUGCAGUGUUAUUCCUAGAGGGGGAAUAAAGGUGCAAUCAUUGCCACAUCGAAAACUUGCAGAGAUACCACAGAAACACAGUCAACUUCUUUCAUUGUCCUCUCACCAGGCAAAGUUGCAACUUUUUCAACCACAGUGUAAUGUACCCCAAGAAGAACGAGAACACAUCACUAUUUCACCACCAGCUUUACACACUAGUUUACCACCACAGCCAUCAAGACCGAGUGCCAAGGCAGCACCCUUACCUCCCAAACACAGACUACCCAUACAGUCACCAUCCAAACUACAACAACCUGAGAUACAACAACAGUUGCCACUAGCUACAAUUCAGCAGUUGCAGGUUCAGACUCAAAAUGUUCUAUUACAUCCAGUUCAUGUGCACCCUUCCUUACCAGAGCAGUUGAAGCAUCAGGUUUUAUCACCACCACAGAUCAAGCCAUGUUAUCCAGUGCCAUUACCAACCGCAACUCAACCACAAAUAAAACUUCAACAGCUGGUGCAAAACCAACAAAUGCAUAUUGAUCACCUUGAUGCCCUUUCAAUGCAGCCACAAUCCUGCCAUCAAACACUCAUUCAACAGCCACACCCACCACCACUGCAACAUCAAGGAACUGAGACAGAAGGAUUUUCUGCAGUUAUAUCACCUUUGCAUUCACCUCUUUUGCUGCAACUUCCACAAGAUGCACCACAGUCAGCUGACUUUUCUCUUCAAUCCGGCCUUUUUAAAAAAGAGGAAUUAAAGCCAUUAUGUGACAUGAAAAACGAUUUCAAAUCUUCCCUAAUUAACCAAACUGAGCCCACCUUUGAAACACAUGGUGACUCUAUACCAGCAGUAGCACAAAAGACCGUCAUUCCUGAUGGAGGAGACCAUAUGAGUACUUCAAUUAAGACGAAUACAGUUUCCAAACAAGCCCCGGAGCUGAAAAUACCAAUUGCUCCAAAGAAAGACAUCAAAAUCAAGAAUGCAAAUUCUUGGACAAGUUUGGGCAAAAUGGUGACAACUACACAAUCAUCCAUAAUAAAAUCUUCUAGUGAGAGCUUUAAGUUGUUCAGAAGAGCAGCAAUGGAAAAAGAGGAACGGGAAAAAGCUUUAAGAGCUCAGGAGGGAAUCCGAACUGAGAGAGAACAAAAAAAUAUUCCUGUUCCAGAAAGGCAAAGAGAUCAUGACAAAGAUGAUAUUCUGGAACUUUCUCAAAAAGCUCAAGAUGAAGCGUACAAUAAAUGCAGUGAGCAAAAGAAGAAAGAGCAGCAGCAUCAGCAACUUGAGGCACAGCAAGUCUUGUUGGAUAAAGAGAGAGAGUUGGCCAGGAAAAGAGAGCAAGAGCGCCGGAGAAGAGAGGCAAUGGAAGGCACCAUUGACAUGAAUUUGCAGAGUGAUAUUAUGGCAACAUUUGAAGAAAACCUUUAUUAAUUAUCUCAAACUGGUGCAGGUUUUGUGGUCAUAGAAAUAUGUAACCUGUUUUCUGCUUGAAGUUUAUCCAAAUUCGACCUGAAAAGCUUUUAUGUGUGCUACUGUGUGUGUGUAU